AUGACGUGUCUUGUGGGGCUCACGGAUUCCAUCGUCUUGGAUGCCAAAUCUAUCGCAGCGCCAGAGCUGUGGUCGCGAGCAGCGGCCGUCGCGAUCGCGGAGGAGUUCCUCGAAUCGAAGCCGGCACCUCAAGUCACCUACCUGUGGGAAGUGCAGCCUUCUAAUCGGAAGACAGAUGCUACCGAGCGCAUGGAGGCUGUGUACACAAAGUACGGUCUCUCCGAGCGUUGCCUUUGCCUCGAAUGCGGCAAGCGAAAGCGGCACGUCGAUGUUGUCACGCACAUGCCAGUGGCCGUCCUCAAGUGCUCGCGGUGCAAUACUGCCUAA